AUGUCUUCAGAAGCUACUCCUUGUCCAGAGUCAUCGUUGAACAGCAAGAUGGCGUUGGACUACAUUAUGAACCAUGCAUCAGUUGAACCUGAGCCUCCUGCUAAACCUUCCCGGGAAAAGAAGCGCAGGACCAAGGCCUCGAAUGCGUCCAAGUCCCGACGAUCCGCUGAAGGCAGCCAUCACAAUCGAAACCCCCAAGCAUUCAGAUGGGUCUGUGACGGGGAUGGGCGAAUCUCCAGGCCGUGGUACUACUGCCCCAACGUGAACUACAUCCCUGCGAAUUCCAACAAGGAUCCUACAACCCAACACGACGACCUGCCUCCCUCGAUCGCAAAACGCCUUUCAUCCGGGUUUGUCCAUUGGAAACCGAAACAGCCUCGUCAACGACGUAACGCAACGUCAUCUCGCACGAUCGGAAACGACCCUGAAGCUGAAGAAGCUGCAAUGAGGACGGUGGUGGCCAGAGGAAAUGAGAGGGAUGCGGGAGGGAGCGCGGUCGAUUCGGACUCUGCUGCGCAAGUAUUGAAGCUUCCGGAAGUGGUAAAAGCAGGAACGAUCUGGAGAAGGCGGACUUGGAGCUAUGAAGAUGAAAGCUUGAACACUUGA